GAUUCACAUAUCCGUAUCUAUACACUGUAACGUGGAGAUAUGGCUGAUAAGGGCCGUGUGGCGGCGGGCGCGCUAGUGUCGUGCCCAGCCAUGCCGCGUGCGCUGCCGCCGCUGCUGCUGCUGCUGCUGGCCGGGGCCGCGGCCGGACAAAACCAAAGCAUCUCCGUUGUAUACAAGCAGUUGAUGUUCGAGGAACCGUACGAGCUGGUGGUGAACGCGUCCGUGGAGUACAUCCUGCCAUUCGUGCCGAGCCCGAACCAAGCGCUGUGGCCCAUCCGGGUGAAGGUGAGCACGAGUGACGGCGACGUCGCGCGCCCGCUGCUCAUUACUGCCAGGCGGAGAAUAGGAGCGACGACAUGGCAGCUGCCGUACCGCACGGAGGACUCCGAGCUGUUCUCGCUGGAGCGCACGCUGUGCCCCGACGCGGCGGCGCAGCCCGGCGCGCUGCUGGGGGACUGCGAUGAUGAAUCGUAUGGCCAAAAAGGGUUCUCGUUGCACAUCGGAUCGUCUUGUGCGUCGUCGGCGACCGUUCACGUAUUCGCUAGCUUUGCUCGCGACUUUCAUAUGUCUCUAGAUUCUCCUACAGUUGUGAAUAUUGUUCAGGGCGCGCCGCAGGUGAGCCAGUUCUCGUGGCUGCCGGGACAGCGCAGCGUGCGGCUCGUGGCCAGCGCGGACGACGACGUGUGCGCCACCGUCGCCGUGCAGAACUACACGUGUCCAAUUAGUGAGACUUUGGAGGAAAUAGAAACCUCCACGCUGCGGAUGACGGUGCUGCGGUCAGGCGGCAUGCAGCUCUCGCGGAGCUUGUACCCGCUGGGGUUCUACGUGGUGUCGGUGGUGCGCGACUCGGAGGUGGCGUGCAGGGGCGCGGAGGCGGCGGCGGGCGGGGGCGGGGGCGCGGGCGCGGGCGGGCUGUGGGCGCGCGCGCUGCUGGGCGCGGGCCCGCCGCCGCCCGCGCGCCGCCCGCCGCGCGCCAAGACGCUGACGCUGCGCCUGCGGCCCGCGCUGUCGCUGGCGCAGUACUACGUGGGCGCGGGCGUCACGCUGGCCGUGUUCGCGCUGUUCUACGCGGGCUUCGGCGCGCUGGUGCUGGCGCAGCGCCUGCCGCGCUGGAAGCGGCUCGUGGCGCCGCGCGCCGUGCUGGCCGCCGACACCAGGCCGGAGGACGCUUCCAGCGGGGCCGGGCGCGGCGACCUGCACGACGCCAUGUCGCUGUCUCCGCCGCGCCGUCGCAGGGAUUCCACGGCCACGUUCGACAGCAGCGACAACAGCGACUCGGAGUCGGAGAGCGACGGGCGCACCACCUGCGAGACGCUGGCGCCGCCGCCGCCGCCGCAAAACGGAGGAGUGUUUAGGUCGGUGGAAGACGAGAUACACGUGGAUAGUGUAGAUAGCGAGAGAGUUGCUGCUGGCGAGGGCCCGGCUGAGGCUCCGGGCCGGGGCGCGGCGGGGGUCGCGGCGGGGGCGGGGGGCGAGGCGGGGGGCGAGGCGGGGGGCGAGGCGGGGGCGGGGGGCGAGGCCCCGGCGCGGCCCUUCGGGCUGCCGGCGCGGCUGCGCGUGGCGGCGCUGGCGCGGCGGCGCGAGCGCACGCUUAAGGCGCGCUCCGACCGCUACCUGUACACACUCUACACCGUGGGGCUAUUCUACCUGCUGCCCGUCGUGCAGUUCGUGGUCGCCUUCCAAGUUAUCCUGAACGUGUCGGGCUCGCUGGACCUCUGCUACUACAACUUCCUGUGCGCGCACCCGGCGGGCCGGCUGUCCGACUUCAACCACGUGUUCUCCAACGCCGGCUACUUGCUGCUGGGCGCGCUCUUCAUGCUGCAGGUCAAGCGCCGCAAGAUGCGCCGCAAGAGGAAGCCGAGGGACGAGGAGUACGGCAUCCCGGCGCACUACGGGCUGCUGUCUUCGCUGGGCGCCGCCAUGAUGAUGGUGGCGCUGCUGUCCGCCACCUACCACAUCUGCCCCAAUCAGCUUAAUUUCCAGUUCGACACGGCCUUCAUGUACGUGCUGUCGGUGCUCAGUAUGGUGAAGAUCUACCAGUCGCGGCAUCCCGACAUCAACGCCCGCGCUCACGCUACUUUCGGCGUGCUCGCUGUGCUCAUAGCGCUCGUGGUGUGGGGCGUGCUGGGCGGCGGGCCGCUGUUCUGGAGCGUGUUCACGGUGCUGCACGUGUUCACGUUCCUGCUGCUGUCGCUGCGCAUCUACUACGUGGGACAGUUCAGGCUGGAGGCGGCGGCGCUGGCCGAGGCGGCGCGCGACCUGGCGGCGCCGGCGAGGGGCCGCAGCCCGCUCUACACGCCGCGGCUCAUCAUGCUGCUCAUCGCCAAUGCCGUCAACUGGGGCUUCGCCCUAUACGGGCUGUUCACUCAGAGCGUGGACUUCGCGGGGCACCUGCUGAACGUGCUGCUGAGCAACACGCUGAUGCACAUGACCUUCUACAUCACCAUGAAGCUGCUGCACGGCGAGCGGCCGCGCUGGUACUCGUGGACGUUCUUGGCGCUGGCGGCGGCGGCGUGGCUGCCGGCGCUCUACUUCUUCGUGUCGGGCAGCACCAGCUGGUCCACGACGCCGGCGCUCUCUCGGCAGCGCAACCACGAGUGCCUCCUGCUGCAAUUCUACGACUCGCACGACUUGUGGCACAUCCUGUCCGCCGUCGCUCUCUAUUUCUCGUUCAACGUUUUGCUCACAUGGGACGAUGGCCUUUCCGCCGUCAAACGAACAGACAUCGCAGUAUUUUAAUUUUUAUCAAUAAAAGCUUUAAUGUUGAAAACA